AGAGAGAGAGAGAGAGAGAGAGAGAGAGAGAGAGAGAGAGAGAGAGAGAGAGAGAGAGAGAGAGAGAGAGAGAGAGUGUUUUACCGGCUUCUGAUUUCUGUCAGUGUUCAGGCCUGUCUGAGCACAAACACACCUUCAGGACUGAACCGACUUCACCAUGGACAAAGCAGAUUUCCUAAAAGGUCUACCUGUGUACAACAAGACGAACUUCAGCAGAUUUCACGCGGACUCCGUAUGUAAAGCAUCGAACAGAAGGCCGUCGGUGUAUCUGCCCAUACGAGAGUAUCCCUCUGAACAGAUCAUCGUCACAGAGAAGACAAACAUCCUUUUGCGUUAUCUUCACCAACAGUGGGACAAAAAGAAUGCAGCUAAAAAGCGAGAGCAGGAGCAAGCAGAAGGGGAGGGCGGUAGCCCAGCGCCUCCACGCAAAAUCGCCCGGACAGACAGCCAGGAGAUGAACGAGGACUCUUAGAGGAAUCCAACAGCACAAGAACGGACACAACAAGCCCAGACACCUGCACACCACACAGGAGUUUCAUCUCAGAAAGAAAAAUGGAAGGACACUUCUCUUAGUGUGCUUUUUGUAUUUUAUUUUACUGAGUGCUUCCUGAUGCAGUCCGAGCCCCUCGCCCAGCCUGUCUGCCCGGUUCUGAACAUGUGGGGCACGACGGCUUUCACUGCCAGCUUUGACGAUUCUGCUGAACUCUGAGCGGCGAAAUAUGAAAUGGGGGGGUGGGGGUAUUGUGAUAUUCAACAAGCACAUAAUAACGAAUUUCUGCUACGGAGACGUGUGUGAAAUUUUAUUUGUUAGGAGACUAUUAAUGCAGUUUAAAAACAUCAUCAUAAUCUCAGCUGUGAAUUACUGCUUUCAAGAUCUACUCCAAACACAGGGUCUAAACACACAGGAUCUCUCUUCAGUGUCCAAAAAGGGAAAUGUACAGCCACGUUCUGCAGAUUUAGAUAUAGUAUUUUGUGUUGGUAAUGUGACGGUCUUCCUAGCAGGUGUAUACAUGUGCAUGAAAGCACUGGUAGGACUGUUUUUCUUUUGUCAUAUGUUGAGGAUAACAUUUCUGGCCAUGUAAACAAAUACAGAUGUCGCUCUCUUUCACUUCCCCCUUGUUAUAUAGGUUUUCAGUGCUGUUCGUUCCACAAUCAUGAACGGAUCACUUGCCUUUAGAUGCCUAGUUCAAGAUCUGACUUGAUCGCUCUUUACUGAUUCAGUUGCAGUCUGUUUGCCUUCUAAACAUGAUGGGAUUUCCCCA